UCAUCGCGCGCUCUGUGCGCCGCACCUGUUUUAAUCCCGCAAGACUGGAAAUCGGAAAGGACAGCACACAGAGAGUCGGCCGCGCACAGGUUACAGAUAUACACACUCCUCAUCCCACAUUUAUAGGAUAUACUGAAGUCAGGGAGUCGACAAAGUGGGAGAGCAGGAACACUGGUCAGGUUAUUCUUGUGCCUACACCCAGCCGGAGAUGCCAGGACUUUACAGCCUUUUCGGCAUCAUGUAGGACAGGAUGAAGCCCUGCACACCCGUGUUGAUUAGGAGGAGGGAAGUGGACGGAGUGACAGAUGCUUCCUUGACCAACUCUUCAAAUGUUGAUGACCGAAGGAUGGAGAAACAGACCUUGGUGACAGCUAUCAGUUUGUCCAUGAGCCUGGCGUCACUGGUGCUUCUCAUCACCGCUAUCAUGACUGACCACUGGUACGAGACGGACACCACACGGCACAGGCAGAACUGCGACCAGUUCGGGCCGGACGCCAACGAACACAAGAACCGGUUGAUGCCCAUCUAUCACCUGCCCCUGAUGGACAGCAGCAAUCCUCGGAGGAACCAGGCGCUGCUCCGAGCGAUCCACGUCGGGAGUAGAGAGGAGCUCCUGGAAAACUGGAGGUCCAUUUUGGGAAUGGGAAUUUUAGAAACGGAAUGCGGGCGCCCUAUUUUCUCCACUUACUCUGGACUUUGGAGGAAAUGUUAUUAUCUAGGAAAGGACAAGGACAUCGACAACCUCAUAUCCAAGGGUAUAGCCCAGCGAUGCACCAUCAUCAAGUACCAUUUCUCCCAGCCCAUACGGCUCCGCAACAUCCCUCUCAACCUGACCCGCACCAUCCAGCAGGACGAGUGGCACCUCUUACACCUGCGGCGGAUCACAGCAGGGUUUCUAGGCAUGGCGGCAGCCGUUCUGUUGUGUGGCUGCAUCGUGGCGUCUGUCAGCUUCGCCUGGGAGAAGAGUCUCACUCAGCACGUCUCUGGGCUGCUCUUUCUCAUGGCAGGGAUCUUCAGCACCAUCUCCCUGUGUACCUACGCYGCCAACGUGUCCUACGACCUAGCCAGGGUCCCUCCCUUCAUCUACGGGCUGCCUGCUGACGUGGAGCAUGGCUACAGCUGGUCCAGCUUCUGUGCCUGGCUCAGUCUGGGGCUGACGGUGGCGUCUGGAUGCCUGUGCACCACCUUCCCCAUCCUCAGCUGUAGCAGCAGCAAAGCCCAGCAGGGCAAGGCUGCCCCCAACGCCGGUGUCUGACACACACCGUGUGGCGUUUUAUAUACACUUUGCUGUGUGUUACACACACACUGAGCUGCAGCAAGGGCUUGUAGGAAGAAAGAGUCUAAUGUCUGUGUCCGACACCCCCCUUUACUGUGUCGGACACCCCUCUUACUGCAUCUUUCACAUCAACUCUGAGCCGCAGCAACAGUCUGCUGACCAAGCCCAUCCCCAGACAUCUGGCUGACACUGCUGCAGCAGGCGCCUGGGACUAACAUMGACUCCUAUGUUUUCAGGGUGAAAACCCUUCUGUGCUUCUACUAGACCCUGCAUCUAAAUCUAGGUUACCUCCAUGGAGCAAAACAUCCUGGAAUUAUGGAAGUAUUGAACCAUCAAUGUUAGCUACACCCCUGCAUUCAGGCUUUGUCUGGGGCCUUAAUGCAAUUAUGUCUGUGAUUCAGCCUACUGCUACAUUUCCACAUUAUAUUUCCUAUGUGUGAUCAGAAUUCAGUGUCAUGCAAGUAACUGUCAAAUCACUGGUGGGAAAACAGAGGCCUUGACGUGUCAUCAAAUGAUAGAAAGUUAUUUGAAAGGAAAAAACUAUAGAAAAGAGGAUAGAAUUUAUAGAAAGAUGUGGCUCAAACUGACAUUGAUAUGUACUCUGACCAUAAUGGAUCAAGCAGAAUAUACUUAGAAUAGCAGAUUUCUAACCAAAAUUGUAAGCACAUCCAUCUGUGGAUAUUCAUUAAUCCUCUUAUCAAUGACACAUACCAAACCCCUGUGCAUACGCACCUAAAUCCAAGUCAACAUCCCCCCAUCAAUGGAUAUCAACCCUUGAUCCUCCCAGUGGAACCUAAGCUGAGUGUAUUUACCUUAGUCUCAGUGGAUGUAUUCUGUAAUCUAAUCCCAGACAGUGUAUAAUUGUUGGAUGUGAGUUGUGGUCUGAUUGGGUAAAUAGAGRUGCAGAAUUUCAGACUCC